UUUUGCUAAAGCCUGCUCUGAUAUCUCCUAUGUGAUAAAAGUUCUUGACACUUAGCAGGAAUUGAUGUCUUGGUAUUCUACCUGUGAAUGACUCUUGAGAUACUGACUGGAAGAUAGACAUUUUUUUUUCCUGCUGAUUGUAUGGGAGAAAUUUUGACCUCAGAAAGUGGAAAUGAGGUUGCUAUGGAAACUGAUAAUUCUGCUGCCACUCAUAAAUACUUGUGCAGGUGCUGGUCUCUUGAGUCAUCCUGUUUUUACCCAGGAGCCAGAAGAUGUUAUUUUUCCUUUGGAUUUAUCAAAAUCUGAAAUCAUCCUGAAUUGUGCUGCCAGUGGUUAUCCUUCACCCCAUUAUAGGUGGAAACAAAAUGGCACAGAUAUUGAUUUUACCAUGAGUUAUCACCACAGGUUGGAUGGAGGCAGUUUGGCAAUCAGUAGCCCCCAUACAGAUCAAGAUAUUGGCAUGUACCAGUGCCUGGCCACCAACGCUCUGGGGACGAUUCUGAGUCGGAAGGCAAAGCUCCAAUUUGCAUAUAUUGAAGACUUUGAAACCAAAACAAGAAGUGCAGUGUCCGUCCGAGAAGGUCAAGGUGUGGUGCUUCUCUGUGGCCCACCACCACACUUUGGAGACUUAUCUUAUGCAUGGACCUUCAAUGAUAACCCCUUAUAUGUUCAAGAGGACAACAGGCGGUUUGUAUCCCAAGAGACAGGAAACUUAUACAUUGCCAAAGUGGAACCAUCAGAUGUGGGCAACUACACUUGCUUCAUAACAAACAAAGAAGCACAGAGAAGUGUUCAAGGACCGCCCACUCCCUUAGUGCAGCGCACUGAUGGUGUGAUGGGGGAAUAUGAACCAAAGAUUGAAGUGCGUUUUCCUGAAACUAUACAAGCUGCAAAGGAUUCAUCUGUAAAACUGGAAUGCUUUGCCCUUGGAAAUCCAGUUCCUGAUAUUAGUUGGAGGAGGUUGGAUGGAAACCCGUUGCCAAGGAAAGUCAAGUACAGCAAAUCCCAAGCUAUUCUUGAAAUCCCGAACUUUCAACAGGAAGAUGAAGGCUUCUAUGAGUGCAUUGCAGGCAACCUUCGAGGAAGAAACCUUGCAAAGGGUCAGCUCAUUCUCUAUGCCCCACCAGAAUGGGAACAAAAAAUCCAAAAUACAUACCUGUCUAUCUAUGACAAUUUGUUUUGGGAAUGCAAAGCUAGUGGAAAGCCAAAUCCUUGGUACACCUGGUUAAAGAAUGGUGAACGCCUCAAUCCAGAGGAAAGAAUUCAAAUAGAAAAUGGGACACUUACCAUAACUAUGUUGAAUGUGUCAGAUUCGGGUGUCUACCAGUGUGCUGCAGAAAACAAAUAUCGGAUAAUUUAUGCAAAUGCAGAAUUGAGAGUAUUAGCCUCAGCUCCUGAUUUCUCUAAAAAUCCCAUUAAAAAAAAUUCAGUUGUUCAAGUUGGUGGGGAUAUUACUAUCGAAUGCAAGCCAAAUGCCUUUCCUAGGGCAACUAUCUCCUGGAAAAGAGGAAUGGAGAGCCUGAGACAAAGCAAAAGAGUGUUUCUCUCAGAGGAUGGCAGCCUCAAGAUAUAUAACGUUACUAGGCCAGAUGCCGGAUCAUAUACUUGCGUAGCUACAAAUCAGUUUGGCGUUGCAAAGAACACUGGCAGCCUAGUCGUAAAAGAGAGGACUGUUAUUACCAUUCCACCUUCCAAAAUGGACGUUACAGUUGGAGAGAGUAUAGUCCUACCAUGCCAGGUGUCCCAUGACCCAUCCAUUGAAGUUGUAUUUAUAUGGUCUUUCAAUGGAGAUGUCAUAGACUUAAAAAAAGGAGUGGCUCAUUUUGAAAGGAUUGGAGGAGAAUCUGUUGGGGAUUUGAUGAUAAGGAAUAUUCAGUUAAAUCAUUCAGGAAAAUACCUAUGCACGGUAAAAACAACUCUAGAAAGUUUAUCUGCUGUAGCUGAUAUCAUUGUUAGAGGUCCACCAGGUCCCCCUGAGGAUGUAAGAGUGGAACACAUUUCCAGUACUACUUCUCAACUAAGCUGGAGACCAGGCUCAGAUAAUAAUAGUCCCAUUCAAAUAUUUACUGUUCAGGCUCGGACACCAUUUUCUGUGGGUUGGCAGGCUGUUUCAACUGUUCCAGAAAUUCUCAGUGGCAAGACAUACAAUGCAACAGUGGUUGGUUUGAGUCCUUGGGUGGAAUAUGAAUUUCGCGUCGUUGCUGGGAACAGCAUUGGGAUUGGAGAACCAAGUAAAGCAUCAGAACUGUUAAGAACCAAAGCAUCGGUCCCUGUUGUGGCACCAACAAACAUCAAUGGAGGUGGAGGAAGUCGGUCGGAACUCGUUAUUACGUGGGAGUCAAUUCCAGAAGAACUACAGAAUGGAGAGGAAUUUGGGUACAUCAUCAUGUUGCGGCCCGUUGGCUCAACAGCCUGGACCAAGGAAAGAGUCCCGUCUGUAGAAUCAUCAAGGUUUGUUUAUAGAAAUGAAAGCAUCACUCCCCUCUCUCCCUUUGAAGUCAAAGUGGGUGUAUACAAUAAUGAAGGAGAAGGAUCUCUGAGUACGGUGUCCAUUGUCUACUCUGGGGAAGAUGAACCUCAACUGGCCCCAAGGGGAACUUCUGUCCAGAGUUUUUCUGCUUCGGAAAUGGAGGUGUCAUGGAAUGCUAUUGCCUGGAAUAGAAACACUGGAAGAGUGUUGGGCUAUGAGGUGUUAUACUGGACAGAUGACUCCAAAGAAUCCGUAAUUGGGAAAAUUAGAGUCAAUGGGAAUGUCACAACCAAAAACAUCACAGGGCUAAAAGCCAAUACCAUCUACUUUGCUUCUGUGAGAGCUUAUAACACUGCUGGAACAGGGCCCUCAAGCCCCCCAGUCAAUGUUACCACCAAAAAGUCUCCUCCAAGCCAACCACCAGCUAACAUUGCCUGGAAGCUGACAAACUCUAAAUUAUGCCUGAAUUGGGAGCAUGUAAAAACCAUGGAAAAUGAGUCUGAAGUAUUGGGCUACAAGAUUCUGUACCGGCAAAACAGACAGAGUAAAACACAUAUUUUGGAAACAAACAAUACCUCGGCUGAGCUUCUGGUUCCGUUUGAAGAAGACUACUUGAUUGAAAUAAGAACAGUUAGCGAUGGUGGGGAUGGAAGCAGCAGUGAGGAAAUUAGAAUUCCAAAAAUGUCAAGUUUGAGUUCCAGAGGAAUUCCAGCCUUAGAACCUAGCAUCUACUUCCUGUCAGUUGUCAUAUUUUUUACUGUUUUACAAUUCAGCCACUUACACGAUGAAUGAAACCAUAAAUCUUUGAGAGUUUUUUGAAAGCAAAUCAUUCUGUAAAUAAGCUCUCCAGUCCCCAUCACAAAAUACAUGAUUAAUACAGACUUGUUUGGAAAGGAAAAAAAAAUGUAUAUUAUUAAGAACCUGUAAAUAUCUAUGGUACAUUAAUAAAACAGUUUUAAAAACUUUUGAA